AUGACUAGUAAGGGGUCUAUGUCAAUACCUGAAGCUGUUGCUGCGACUGUGGACAGCAACCACUUGGAGAAGCUGUACUGCGUAUGUCGGUUAUGUUUCAACAGACUGCCCGUCAAGGAUCGCAAGUCUAUCGGGCGCGCCCCUACUGACUUAGUCUGUGAUCGUUCGAAGCAGUACUAUCAAAUCGAUUUUAAGCGUGAGCUCACAAAUCUCACUCUGCCUAAGGUCCUCUGUCCCACCUGCACAAGACGGCUUGCUGAUUUUGCUUCCAAGAAAAAAGAUCCCGCUGAAUGGGAUGAGAAGACACGACACUUCGUUGACGCACUCCAACGUGAUCACGAUUCCAUAAAGACUCGUUCGACGGUGUUAUGUUCUGCAGACAAUCGUUGCCGAAUAUGCCAGAUAGCCUCUAGCAGAUCUUCAACUCAAGCCAUGCGAUCCAAGUCCACCACCCCGGGUCCCGGUCGUCCUAUUGAACAGUCCCCGGUCAAGCUUAUUUGUUCUAAGUGUGGCAGAGAUUUGUUCGACCAUGACGAUGCUCACUGCCAGGCAGUGCGAAAGAGGCAUCGGUCUCACGCGGAAGCCGGUGAAAGGUUCGCAGAGAGAGUUGCUACUAGAGGGCAUUCUGAUCAGUUUGUAAAACGGAAUCUUCGGGCGCUGUUCGAUGACCCAGCAAGCUCCUCUACUCAACCUUCGAGUCCGGUAAGCACUGGGGUGAGUCAUGGAAGUAAUUACUACAUGGCUCUAACUCCCAUGCCUUACGAGCGUGCUAACCGCUCUUCCAAUGGGCCAGUAACGACUUUGAGUAAGGAGGCGGUGCGUGAUAUGUUACGUGUGGGUCAUUUGGGACUUGGAAAGACUAGCGCUUUGCAAUUGGGAAGAGUCUUGAGAAAUGAAGGCAUCCAAUUUCCUGAAGGAGGACUGAAAAAGGCCAUGGAAGAGAAAUGGGAAGUCUUUGGACCGAUGUUCACGUACGAACAUCUUCUUCUGGAGCGAGAGCGUAAUUCAGAGGCUUGCUCCACUCCUUUCGGUCUCUGCACUGAUGUAAAUCUUCUUCUCAAUACGGUCACUGACGGCGAAGCUCAUCACAUCACCAGGCUCAAGUUCCAGUUUGAUGGUGGCCAACAGUUCUUAAAGCUCUCGGUCAACAUUGUUAGCAUGGAAGAGGGAUCCAGUUACGUUGCUAGCCCAAACAGUGUGAUGAAAAACUUUCUGAUAGGUAUGGGGCAAGCUUCGGAAAGCAGCCACAACCUUAAAGAACUGUUCCGUUAUCAGUCAGUUCGGAGACUUUUCGACUUGGCUAUACCGAAGCAGGUGGCGUGCGAUCUGAAGGUUUCUGCGAUGAUGGUUGGGAUCCAGAGUAAUUGA